GUUCCAUCCUGCUUCAAUGCAACUAUCAGCGCCGAAAGCCAGAACUCAAAUACUCGGCUCCCGUUUAAUAACACGUUAUAGUAGCGAUGCUCUCUGAACGUGGAGUUAGGGUCGCCUUAAUUCUCAAGGAGCCGUGGAAAUUUCCUCCUAGCGAAAGCUCCUUGUACGAUAAAGAGAAAAAUCCGAACGGAAUCAUCUCACUCGCGACCGCAGAGAAUUUCUUGGUCCAUGAUACAUUAGAGGAAUAUAUAAAUAGAAAUAUAUCCAUUCCCAAAGCCGCAUUUACAUAUGCGUACGGCAGCCCCUAUUGUGCUGCGCUCACUGUUCCUAUCUCCAGGCAUAUAAACACCCAUUUCAAACCUUGCACUCCCAUCUCAUCGUCCCAUAUCGUCAUAGCCAACGGCGUCACUGCGGUGAACGACUUGUUGGGCUAUGUACUCGCUGAUCCCAAUGAUGCUAUCAUGAUUAAUCGUCCCAUUUAUGGAAAGUUUGGGCUCGACUUUGGAUGCCGAGGGGACGUGGGGGUAGUGUAUGCCGAUACAGAACCGUUGGAAGUGUUUAGUGUGGAUGUAGUGAAGAAGUAUGAGGAAGCGAUUGUGAAGGCAGAAAAAGGGGGAGUGAAAGUCCGCGCCAUGCUGAUAACCAACCCGCACAAUCCUUUAGGGCGGUGUUAUCCACCGGAAACAUUGAGGGAGUUGAUGCGCUUUUGUCAUCGGCGAAAGAUUCAUUUCAUCAGCGAUGAAAUAUAUGCACUCUCUGUUUUCGAUUCCGGGGAAACAGGUACUAUUCCAUUCACUUCAGCACUGGCCAUCGAUCCAACGGGACUGCUGGAUGAGAAUUAUAUUCAUGUCAUGUAUGGAAUGGCCAAGGACUUUUCUGCCCCUGGGCUCAAGCUUGGUUUCUUAAUCAGUAAAAAUGCAGAUGUCCGAAAGGGCGUAGCCUGUGCUAGUCGAUUCGGGAGACCCUCGGGAGUGUCGAUCGCAAUUGCUUCUCAGAUGCUGAAUGAUGAGGCAUUCGUCUCCUCAUACCUUUCCCUAUGUAGAGAAACGUUGGCCCGAACGUACAAAUUUGUCACCUCCCUGCUUCGAGAGAAUAAUAUUCCGUAUUUACCCGGAAGCAAUGCCGGUUACUUCGUCUGGAUUGAUCUAUCGGCGUUUAUUCCGCCGACCACAGAGCAAAAGCCGAUGUCAAAAACUGACCGUGAGAUUGCACUCGCCGAACGUUUCGUCGAAGCAGGUGUGUUUCUUCAGCCCGGUGACGAACAAUCCUACACACCAGGGUGGUUUCGACUUGUAUACACUCACGAAGAGGAGAUCGUGGCAGAAGGAAUUCGAAGGUUGGUUUCAAGCCUAAAGUCUCUGGAAUGGUUGUCGAAUGCGAACUUGAAUUGAAACUUAAGAUAAAUAUGGUUCAAUAAGAUUGAAGAACAUGCGACAUACGCGCGACGAGCCUGGUGGGAUCUUUUUGAGACCAAAUUGAAAACAUAACUUGUAAACCAAACGGCAGCCUAAGUUCACUCGUUACAGUUAACGUACUAGUCGGUCAUGAGAUUCUCUUCAUCCAAGGGAGGUUGCACCACAAACCAAGGAAAUGCGAUGAAAAUGAAUCGAAAUGGUCCCUUUGAUCCGUCAAUAAAUCCCCUGCGCCAGUUCCAAAAUGCCAAGUUUAGCCUUCACCGCCAUGCCUUUAAAUCGCGUGUAUGUGCAUAGAGAUCGGUGGAAAUGUACAGCGUAACUCGCACCAAUUCAACCAAGGCCUCUUAAUCUAUGAUGUUUCUAAUGCCGUCCUUCGAAUUGCCGCAAACACAGCUCUCCUUUUAAA